AUGGACGAACCACUGGAAAGUAAUAUUGUAGAAAUAGAUACUUCAGCUUGGCCUAGUAGUUACUAUGGACGGUGUAAACGCGUGGAUCUAGAAAAGUUUUUUCAAAAGGUACAACAAGAACAUGCAGAAUUAGAACGACAACAACAAAACAACAAUGGUCGUCAAGUGAGAUUUAGUACGGAAGCUCCACAAAUAUUUGAAUAUGAAGCAGAAUAUGAUACUUUUGAUCGUCUUGUCUCCAAUAUUGGUCAAUCUAAAGAUAUUUGGCCUUCUUAUGCACGACGACCACCUCAGCGCUUAGAUCUUCGUCCAAUUCGAAAUCUUCAAUAUAAUCAACAUCAAGCAAACAAUAUUUCAUCAGAAUCUUUUAUAAAUACAUCUUAUUUUACUUGUGAACAUCCACCAACUCGACAGUCAUCAUCAUCAUCAACAUCAUCAUCAUCAUCAUCAUCUACCACUCCAUCAUUACCACCAUUAUCACCAACAGAAGAGGAUUCUAGUGAUGAAGAUGAACAUCCUUCUCCAACAUCUGUCUCAUUAUCUUUACCUUUUUCACCCACAACAUUAACAAGAAAAUUGACAUCGGUAUUCUCUCGAAAGAAACGAUCUUGAAUGGUUCCUCCCCCAUUCCUCCCCUUUCCUUUUUUUUUUUUUCUGUUUUUCUCCUCUUUCUUUUUAUUUUCCCUAUUCAUUGUUUUUUUUUUUGACUUGCUCCUUUUUGACACACUACAUUUGUUCCAUAUAUCAUGU